AUGGCUAGCAGGCGCGACUUCCUUAGCCAGCCGGCCCCCGAAAACUACGUGGCCGGCCUCGGCCGCGGUGCUACGGGGUUCACGACUCGAUCAGAUCUAGGUCCUGCGCGCGAAGGACCCAGUGAGGAUCAAAUCAAGGCUGCUGUCGCAAAGCGGUCCGCUCAGCUGGGUCUGACGGAAGCGAAAGACGACGACAAAGACGAUGAUGAGCGGUACCAGGACCCCGACAACGAGGUUGGGCUAUUCGCCGGUGGCAUCUACGAAAAGGACGACGAAGAGGCUGAUCGGAUUUGGAAAGAAGUCGACGAUAAGAUGGCAAAACGCCGCCAGAAACAACGGGACAUACGAGAGAACGCCGAACGCGAAGAAUACGAGCUUCAGAACCCAAAGAUCCAACAGCAAUUUGCCGGACUUAAGAGGGCGCUAGAGACGGUGACGGACGAAGAAUGGGCGAGCCUCCCGGACCCGAAAGACCUCACUGGCCGUACUAAACGAGCCCGGCAAGAGAGGAUGCAACGUUUCUACGCCGUACCCGACAGCGUCCUUGCUGCGUCCAGAGACCAGGGGCAGUUUGGGACCACUGUCGCUGAUGACGGCGGGGCGGCCGCCGAGGGGAACAAGGAUGGUACCGUGACCGACUUUGCGAAGAUCGGUGCCGCCCGCGACAAGGUGCUCAGGGCCCGCUUGGAACAGCAGUCACAGAGCAGCGGGAUAGCGACGGCGGGAGGGGCGACGAGCAUUGAUCCGAAAGGCUAUCUGACCUCCUUGUCGAACAUCCAAGGGGCUGAGCAAAGCAUUGGAGACAUCGAGCAGUUUAGGAAGAUGUUGAAAUCAGCCGUGGACUCGAACCCCAAACAAGCGGCCAGCUGGAUCGCCGCCGCUCGCCUGGAAAUCGCGGCCGGGAAACCUGGCGCCGCUCGUGGCCUGAUCGCGAAGGGGUGUCAGCACUGUCCCAAGAGCGAGGAUAUUUGGCUGGAAAAUAUACAUCUCAACGACAACCGCAGCGCUAAGGUUAUCGCUGCGCAAGCAAUCCAGGCGAAUCCGCACUCGGUGAAGCUGUGGGUAGAGGCAAUGAAACUCGAGAACGAUCCAAGGUCACGAAAGAAGGUCAUCCGGCGAGCGUUGGAUCACAACCAGGAGUCUGAGGCGCUGUGGAAAGAAGCAGUCAAUCUGGAAGAGGACCACGCAGAUGCGCGGAUGUUGCUAGCCAAAGCCACAGAACUCAUACCCGAGUCACUCGACCUAUGGCUGGCGCUAGCGCGUCUCGAGACACCAGAGAAUGCCCGGAAGGUACUCAACAAGGCAGUUAAGAAGCUCCCCAGUUCGCACGAGUUGUGGAUAGCUGCCGCGCGCCUAGAAGAGCAGAUUGGAGAGGGUGCUAGGAGGCCCGUGAUGAAAAACGCCGUCAAGUUCCUCGCCAAACAAAACGCCAUGCCGAAGCGCGAGGAAUGGAUUGCCGAGGCCGAGGAGUGCGAGGACGAAGGCGCCGUGGUUACAUGCAGCAACAUCAUCCAGGAAACACUGGGAUGGGGCUUGGAUGAGGAUGACGACCGCAAGGAGAUUUGGAUGGAGGACGCCAAGGCUAGCAUCGGCCGAGACAAAUUUGCGACAGCCCGCGCAAUCUAUGCCUACGCGCUGCGAGUGUUCCCCAACAGCAGGAGCCUCUACCUGGCCGCGGUGGAACUCGAGCGGAACCAUGGCACUAAAGACGAUCUGUGGCGGGCUCUCGAAAAGGCCCUUAACGAGGCGCGGCGGGUGUUGGCCCGGGCGUUCAAGCAAAACCCGGAUAACGAAGAUAUUUGGCUCGCCGCGGUCAAGCUAGAAGCCGACAACGGCUUCAUCGACCAAGCGCGGGAUCUCCUCAAGACGGCUCGACAAAACGCCCCUACCGACCGGGUCUGGAUGCGCAGCGUGGCCUUCGAGAGGCAACUGGGUGCUAACGAAGCGGCACUGGACCUCGUUCAGGAUGCCCUCCAACUCUUCCCCGCCGCACCGAAAUUAUGGAUGAUGAAGGGACAGAUCUACGACGACCUCGAGAAGCUCCCACAAGCCAGGGAAGCGUACAGCACUGGUGUACGCGCAGUGCCGUCCUCGGUACCGUUGUGGCUUCUCUACUCCCGCCUCGAGGAGCGUUCCGGCAACGUGGUCAAGGCGCGCAGCGUCCUCGAUCGCGCGCGGCAAGCGGUGCCCAAGUCCCCCGAGCUCUGGACGGAGCUGAUCCGGGUGGAGCGCCGGGCGGGCAACGCCAACCAAGCCAAGAGCCUCAUGGCGAGCGCACUCCAGCAGAUGCCCAAGAGCGGGUUGCUGUGGGCCGAGCGCAUCCUGCACCUCGAAGCGCGGACGCAGCGCAAGACGCUCAUCACUGAGGCCAUCAAGAAGGUCGAGGACGACCCGGUGUUGCAGGUGACGGCGGCGCGCAUCCUGUGGGCGGAGCGCAAGCUUGAUCGGGCGCAAAACUGGUUCGAGCGCGCGCUGCUGCUGGACCGGCACAUCGGCGACACCUGGGCGUGGUACUACAAGUUCCUGUUGCAGCACGGGACCGACGAGAAGAGGGCCGACCUGGUGGCCAAGUGCGUGCUGAACGACCCGCGCCACGGCGAGCAUUGGCAGGCGGUGGCGAAGGAUCCCAAGAACGCGGGCAAGGGGACCGAGGAGGUUUUGAGGCUUGUUGCCGCGUCGUUGAGCUAA